AUGUUUGGUAAUAACUGUAAAAGAGCUGGUCCUUCUACUCCUCCACCCACGUGGCGUCUCGGGUUUUCACCGCCGCGAGCCGGAGCUUCUUCCGCCGUCGUCGAGACGAAGGAGUUUCUGACGAAUUCUGAGGUUUCUGUCCGGAAAUUGUGCGCCGAUUUGUGGGAAACUGAACAAUUCCGACAAAGAAUUGGGCUGCGAAGAGGUCGGCGACGGGAUUCAGAUGUGGAAUCACCUUCUGGUAGUCCAUUUCACGAUCAUCAGCCACCAAGCAGAGGAAGCUUGAGGAGGCAACAAAUUGCAGCAACUGAUGAUCAUAGACUAGUCCAUGGAAAUGGCGAUUUGUUGCAACCAAUCUCUCCUGCAAGUUGCAGCAGCAGUUCAUUGGAGGUUGUGGUUCGUAAACCAGCGUUUAGUCAGACUGCUUCUUCGGUAAUUAAGUCUGCGAGCUAUGGUUUGGGUUCAUCUACAAAGCUUCUCAAGGUGUUAAACCGGAUAUGGAGUCUCGAAGAACAGAACACUGCUAAUAUGUCUUUGGUUAAAGCUUUAAAGAUGGAGUUGGAUGAAUGUAGAGCCGAAAUCAAGGAAGUGCAGCAACGGGAGAAGCAGAGCGAUAGGCGAACCAGGAAGAAAAAAGAAGAAGAAGAGGUAAACGAUGUGUUUCGAUCGAUGAAGAAAGAGUUAGAUGAAGAGAGGAGAGUUAGAAAACAGUCAGAGAGUUUGCAUCGGAAGCUAACACGAGAGCUUUGUGAAGCAAAUCAUUGUUUAACAAAAGCUUUGAAAGAACUUGAAAUAGAGAGAAAAGAACGCGUUGUUGUGGAAAAUCUCUGCGAUGAGUUUGCGAAAGCGGUUAAAGAUUAUGAAGAUAAGUUGAGAAGGAAUGGGAAUAAGUCACCAGUGAGUGAUAACGUAGUUGUACAGAUUGCAGAAGUGUGGGAUGAUCAGAGGUUACAAAUGAAGCUAGAUGAAGAUGAUAAAGAAGAAUUAGUAUCGCGCAAGUUAGAUUUCGAUAUUGAAACAUUUCUGCGAGCUAAGGAGAAGAGAAGAUCACAUUCAAGUAAAGGAAUUGGCUUGAGAGCAAAACCGGAAGAUUCGGCUUCUGUGCAUCAAAGGGUUUGCUUGAAGGAACUCGAAGAAGGACUCGAAAAGCGAACAAGAAGAGAUAACAAAUUGCAGCUUAUGAGGAAUUCGGAACAAGUUCUUAAUCUAUCUAUGUCGUCUGAAGGAGACAAGAUUUAUCCAGAGUCUAGUCCAAGGAAUAUUGAUGAUCAUCGGAGUCUAGAAAAGUCUAGAACUUUCUCGAAGAUUCUUCCGAGGAAUGUGAAUGUGAUGGUGAGACAAGAGAGCCGGAGUCUCAAGGAUAAGCUAAUGGAAGCUCGUGUAGAGAGUCGACGUUUACGUUCUUUGAAACCAGAGUCGAGUCCGAGUCAUUCAGUUCAAGCUUGA